UUGCCAGGACUUACGUGUCACUUUGAGUACAGCCCCCAAUGUCUAGCAGUGUAUAAAUAUUUGUUAAGUACAUGUGCCUCCAUUUCGGCUAAACAAAAUGCCUCGUCGUGUGCUGGAAAACUACGGAUUUGAACCAGACAAGCCCUGUCUGCGCAAGUCAAAAUUGGAUCCCAAAGGUAAAUGUGGCGUUGCCAUCAAGAAACAACCGAGGGAGCAACCUGUUGAGGCGGAGAAUCAAUUGCGGUUCCUCGAGCAAAAGACCGAUGCGGCACUCGUCGUGCAUUGGACUCGUGCUGAAGGACGACCCUUUCCACCCAUCAAGUUGUUGCCUCCCUGGUAGUAGAGUGUAAUGUGCCCAAAAGUUACGAUUAUCCAGACGCCCGCAGAAUUCAGGGUCGUAUCAAUAAAAAUGUGCAGUAUUUCGUAGCGAAAAAAAAAUCA